AAAAUGUAUUAGCUGUAAGAUGGUCGCAUGGUAAAACGUAUUUCAACUCUCUCUCUCUCUCUCUCUCUCUCUCUAGGGUUUUGUUUUUCAUCGAUUGCACGAAAAAUUCCCGAAUUGGUUCUAUUCGAUCGAAAUGGAAAAUGGAGGCGGAGAUUUGGAGGCGAAAAUUGAGAUGUUGCUGAAUGUGGAGAAGCAGAUGAGGCAAGUGGGUGAUGUUGCAGGUACGAGGAAGGCCGUCACCGAUAUUUUGCAGCUCUGCUUUGAAGCCGGCGCGUGGAGAACACUCAAUGAUCAGAUUGUGCUUAUUUCCAAGCGGCGUGGACAGUUGAAACAGGCUGUACAAGCAAUGGUCCAGCAAGCAAUGCAAUAUAUUGACCAGACUCCAGAUCUUGAUACUAAAAUAGAGCUUAUUAAGACACUUAACAGUGUGUCCGCUGGAAAGAUAUAUGUUGAGAUAGAGAGGGCUCGGUUGAUUAAGAAACUUGCAAAGAUUAAGGAAGAACAAGGACUUAUAGCUGAGGCUGCUGACUUGAUGCAAGAAGUUGCGGUGGAGACCUUUGGCGCCAUGGCAAAAACUGAAAAAAUAGCUUUCAUACUUGAGCAAGUUCGUUUGUGUUUAGAUCGCCAAGACUAUGUCCGUGCACAAAUACUCUCGAGAAAGAUAAGUCCUAGAGUUUUUGAAGCUGAUACUUCAAAAGAGAAGAAAAAGCCAAAAGAAGGUGAAGCCAUUGUCGAAGAGGCUCCUGCUGAUAUUCCAUCAUUGUUGGAGUUGAAAAAGAUCUACUACCAAUUAAUGAUCAGGUAUUAUGCGCAUAGCAACAAUUACCUUGAGAUAUGUCGAUGCUACAAGUCAAUAUAUGAGAUUCCUUCUGUGAAAGAAGACCCUGCUCAGUGGAUACCGGUUUUGAGAAAAAUAUGCUGGUAUCUGGUCUUGUCUCCUCAUGAUCCCAUGCAGUCAAGCCUUCUUAACUCAACUCUUGAGGAUAAGAACCUUUCAGAAAUUCCUCAUUUCAGGUUACUGCUGAAACAACUAGUUACCAUGGAGGUUAUUCAGUGGACAGCUCUUUGGGACACAUUCAAAGAUGAGUUUGAGAAUGAGAGAAACAUGCUUGGCGGAUCUCUGGGUGAAAAGGCAGCUGAAGAUUUGAAACUCAGAGUGAUAGAACAUAACAUCCUUGUUGUCUCAAAAUACUACUCACGGAUAACCUUGAAGAGACUUGCAGAUCUGUUAUGCCUUACCGUCCAGGAGGCAGAAAAACAUCUCUCUGAAAUGGUCGUCUCCAAAGCAUUAGUGGCAAAGAUCGACAGACCUAUGGGUGUGAUCUGUUUCCAAACUGUCAAGGAUAGCAAUGACAUUUUAAAUUCAUGGGCAAUGAACUUGGAGAAGCUGCUCGACCUUGUGGAGAAGAGUUGCCACCAAAUUCACAAGGAGACAAUGGUCCACAAAGCCGCACUCAAAGUCUGAAAUGCUGAUACUUGGAGAGGUACUGUUUUACAUUAGUCCUAAUGACUCUGGGCAGGAACCAGGAUGUACCUCAUUGCAACUGCAGGUCCCAACUUUCCCAUCAUUUGGCCCUUGACGUCAAAUUGGUUCCAUGUCAAGUACUUUCUAACGCUUUUACUUUUCAAAUGAUUCAUGUGACGUAUUACACAUUGUCCUCUGGGACGAGCAGGGUCAUGAUGUUUGUGCCUAUAUGCUCAAAGUUAUCAUAUAUCAGGAGAAAUGUAUGUUAUUUUGGAAAUGUGGGGUUUGCAAAUCGUAUAUACUUGAGUGAAUACGUGAUCUAUUAGAGAUCCCUGCAAAGCUCUUAUAGCUUCUUUGAGGACUGAUUCUGCAUUUUGUUGAGCUCUUAAUACUCAAGAACCUUAUAUGGAUUGUGUGCACGAAUCAAAACAAUUUUCCGAUAUUAUAUAUUUUCAUUUGGUCA